AUGUUAGCCUUCAAAGAUCUAUAUAGUUCUGACUCGUUGAAAUUCGUAUCAGUUCAUUUAACUACCGAACAUCAGCUUGAGAGCGAUUCAAUCUUUGCAGACUAUGCCCGAAUUUCAGGUAGAGGAUGGACGCAUCGAAAUCUGGCAUUGCGAUAUGUGAGAGAAAAUUACGAUCGAAAACAAAAUGGUGUGCUGUACUUUGCCGACGACGAUAACUCUUAUGAUGUUCGCCUUUUCAAUAAUUACAUUCGCAAUGUGAGGAGAAUAGGAGUGUGGGCAGUGGCUCCACAUGUUUCAUCCGAUGGCAAAGUGAUUGCAUGGGAUGUGAUGUUUGCUCCCAGUAGACCAUUUGCUACGGAUAUGGCCGGAUUUGCUAUCAACCUAAAGGAAUUGUUUAGAGCGAGAUUGGCAACAUUUAAUAGUAAAUGCGCCAAGAAAUACAAGCAAGGACCUGAGUCCUGCUUUCUCAGUCAAUUCGGCUUCAAAAAGGAGCACCUGGAACCAUUCGGACAUAAGGACUUUCCAAAAGAGAUUUUAGUCUGGCACACAAAAACUACAAAGUCUAAAACACGAGGACCGAAACGCGGCUAUGCUAUAGAAUAG